AUGAUGAUUGGAAAAGAAUUUAUUCCUCAAAAAGUUAUUAUUAAAAAAAAUGGUGUUCUAGAGUUUGAUAGCAUUAAAAGGCAACCAAAAAUAUAUGCUGAUGGAGUUUUUGACUUAUUUCAUAUUGGGCACGCAAAACUUUUUGAACAAAUAAAAAAAAUGGUUCCUAAUUGUAUUUUGAUUGUUGGUGUUGUAACAGAUGAAGAUUCAUAUAAAAAUAAAGGAUCAUAUCCUAUAAUGAAUCAUCUUGAAAGAUGUGAAGUUGUUCGUUCUUGUAAAUUUGUUGAUGAGUUAAUUAUGAAUCCACCAUUUUAUCCAACAAUUGAAUUUAUUAAUCACCAUGAAAUCGAUAUUGUUGCUCAUGACAAUAUUCCGUAUCCAGUUGUUGGCAUGGAAGAUUGUUAUAAACCAUUCAAAGAGGCAAAUAGAUUUUUACCAACUCAACGGGAAAAUUUUGUUUCAUCAACUGACAUUGUCAAAAGAAUUUUAAAUAAUUAUGAUUCAUUUGUUAAAAUGGAAAAAUUUCAAAAUAUUUAA